AUGACCACAUCGUCUCUCUCAUCACCCCCAGAGGGUACAGCAGCAACAGCAGCACCACCAAAAACAGAUGUCCCCGUCCUCAUCUCAGGAGCAGGACCAACAGGCCUCCUUGCCGGCAUCCUCCUCGCGAAAAUGGGUAUCCGCACCCACAUCAUCGAGCGCGACAUGACCGUCUCUCCGCUCUCUAAAGCAUUCUCUCUCCACCCGCGGACUUUAGAAAUCCUUCGACAAACCGGUCAGGACCUCUCGACUCGGUUCGAGAAACAGUCUUUAGAGUGUCAUAUGGGAAGGAUGUAUUUUGGAGGCAAGUUGACGGCAGAGUUACAAUGGACGCCCGCAAUGGAGUCGCAGUUUCACCAUACUUGGGGUCUCCCUCAGACUUCGACUGUGAGGCUGUUGACGGAAGAGUAUGAGAGGACUGGGAUGGGAUAUAUUGAUCGCGGGUGGGAGUUGGUCGACACCAAGGUCGUCGAGGACAUUGUUGGCAAAAAGACCACGUCGUGGGUUGAGACAACCAUCCGCAGAGCGGUCGAGGGGACGAACUCGCGGAAGGGCGAGAGCGCGGUUUUGGGAACUGUUGAACAGGCGGGAGAGGAUGAAGGGAAGCAAUACGAGAUUAAGGUUGUCAAGUCCGAUUUCUUAAUUGGUGCCGAUGGAGGGCGUUCGACUGUGCGCCAUGUCCUCGACAUCCCUUUUCCUGGCAGGACCCGCGAUGCAAACAUCAUCCUCUUUGACGGACAUAUUGACACUGACAUACCCCUGGAUGAGAUGGCCAACUUGCAUGCAGUCGGCAUGUUUCCCCUCAACGGCAACCGUGUCCGCUUCCUCCUCAGCGACGGGACAUUGACCGAGGAAGAGUUUGCAGCCCGCAAGGUCAAGACGCCAACCAAAGAGUACUUUGAGAGGCUCCUCGAGGAGACUGUCACUCCGCACAAGGUCAAGAUCCUCAGCUACAACUGGUUGACUUACUACCGAGCCAAUGAACGGCGCGCUACGGAAUUUGUGUACAAACAACGCAUCAUUCUUGCGGGCGAUGCAGCUCACACCCACUCUCCCAUGGGCGGACAAGGAUUGAACACAGGACUGCAAGACUCAUACAACCUAGCAUGGAAAAUCGCUAUGGUCCUCAAAGGCACAGCACCCCUUUCACUCGUCGACUCCUACAACGAGGAACGCAUCCCGAUCGCAGACGAAAUCAUCCAACUGUCCUCCAAGAAUCUGAAUUUUUUUGUCUCCGAGAGCUACUGGUUCUUUCAGGCCAGAAAAAUCGGUCUGGCUUUAUUCUCGUACCUGGCGCCGUACUUGCCUACAGGCACUGGUGGCCCUACUUUUGCAAUGCUGGGUCUUCGAUACUACAAGAACUCAUUAAACAAGGAGCACGCCACACAUCACUACGCGCCAACGGCACCAGCAUCCAUCGGUAGACGAGCCCCCGACGAUAUUGUAUACCCACUCGCCGCAGACUCCACUCCAGUUCGCCUGUACAACCUAAUGGACAUCCUCGGCGCAUUCCAGAUUCUGGUCUUCACAGCCGACUGCCAAGUUCAGAAACAUGGCCUUGAGGCGACACUCUUUACUGAUGUUGAACACUACCAAAGAUCUUGGCUCGCUCGAUGGCCCGGUACCGGAACAGGCGCUGCUACGGGUGUGGCGGCGUCGAAGGCGUCACCUCAGUUCAUGGUCCAUAUCAUUUCUCAUCCUGGUCUGGACGCGACCAUUGGUGACAACGACCUGAAGAAGGGGUCAGGAUAUGGCAAGAUGUAUUUGGAUUCCGAGGGUGGAGAUUUGCAUCGAAGGUACGGCAUCACGGCCAAGGGUGGGAUUGUAGUCGUCCGACCAGACACACAUAUCUCGUACCGCGUCGAGUCUUUUGAUAAAGCAGCCUGGGUUGAUGUGGACAAGUACUUUGGAUCGAUCCUUUGCAGGUCAUAG